AUGCCUGCUCCUCUGCACUCGCGCCCCCAGCCUUCAUUCACUGCGGGGCACGAGGAACCAUCUGAGGAUCACGGCCCUCGUGUCCACGUCUCUCACGCAGAUGAAGAUGCCAUCGCUGAUAUCCAUCGCACCCUGACAGAGAAAAGUCAGCCUGGUGCGGUCCAGUACUCCGAGCCCCACUCCUCGUUCGACAAGUUCCUGGAGGAGCAGGUUCAAGGAGGGAAAAAGCGCUCCAAUUUGGGAGUCAGCUUUCAAUCUGUUUCGACCUGGGGCGAGGGUGAUGGGCAUGCCAAUGUGAAGACAUUAGGUACGGCCUUAUGGCGUACCUUGACUUUCCAGGAUAUCUACGAAUGGACAUUCCAGCCGUGGGUAUCAUCGAAAAAGCCCGAAGAUGGACGUCAACUCAUUCGGGACUUUUCUGGCGUCGUUGAAAGUGGCGAAAUGAUGCUGGUCCUGGGACGUCCAGGAGCUGGAUGUUCGACAUUCCUGCGCACAAUUGCAGGCCAUCACUCCUCCUUCCUGGGGGUAACAGGCGCCAUCGACUACUCUGGCCUGUCCCCGGAUGAAGUCCGCAAGCAUUAUCGCAGUGCUGUGGCAUACGUGCCCGAGGAAGAUGUGCACUUUCCCACCCUUACUGUGAAACAAACUCUCGAGUUUGCCCUGCAGAGCAAAACUCCCAAGCGCUAUCAGAAUCGAAUCCCGCGGUAUCUGGAGAUCUACGGCCGCGUGUUUGGCAUGACACACACGAUGAACACACUCGUUGGAAACGAGUACAUCCGUGGUGUCUCAGGUGGCGAACGCAAACGUAUCUCUAUCAUCGAGUCAUUGGCCACCGAUUCAUCGGUCACCUGCUGGGACAAUUCGACUCGUGGUCUCGAUGCAUCAUCUGCGCUGGACUAUGCUCGGAGCUUGCGGAUCAUGACUGACACCUGUGGUAAAGCUACACUACUGACACUAUACCAAGCCUCAGACGCCAUCUACGAACUCAUGGAUAAGGUGCUUCUGAUUGACGAAGGCAGAAUGUUGUAUCAGGGUCCGGCUAGCCAGGCGAAGCAAUACUUUGAAGACUUGGGCUAUGAAUGUGCUGAGAUGCAAACUACUUCCGACUUUCUCACCAGCAUCACUGUGCCUGAGCGGCGACGAUUCCGCGCUGGCUGGGAAGACCGCGCCCCCAAAGGUCUAAUUGAGUUAGAGAAGGCUUUCCGAGAGAGCUAUGCUUUCAAGAAUGUUCAACGAUCCGUGGAGAUCUACGAUGACAAACGAGUCAGCGGCAGAGUCAACGGAUCUUGCCAAACCGACUCGGAAUGUGGAAGUGUCGAGGAGUUCAAGCGCAGUUUGCAGAACGACAAAUCUCGAUUUGUAUCUUCCAACUCUCCAUACACUAUUUCACUCUUCCGUCAGGUUGUGAUCUGUGCCCAGCGCCAGAUGUGGCAACUCAAAGGGCACAUGAGUCCCCUUUAUAUCAAGUUUAUUUCUUGCAUUGUCUACGGCUUAUUGAUCGGAUCAAUGUUCUACAACCAGCCCCAGACCACCGAUGGAAUGUAUUCUCGCGGUGGUGUGCUCUUCUACUCCUCCAUCCUGUUGGCCUGGUUACAGAUGUCGGAGUUGGAAGAAGCAAUGCAGGGACGAGAUAUCCUCAGUCGACAAAAGAAAUUCGCCUUUGUGAGACCCAGUGCUGUCUGUAUGGCUCGUGUCAUGCAGGAUAUGAUUCUCACCGCGUUCCUGACCAUACUUUAUCUCCUUGUGAUGUAUUUCUUGGCAGGGUUGCGUUCAGAUGCUGGCCCUUUCUUUAUCGACUUUCUCUUCAUUUAUACAUGCACGGUCUGUCUCACAGCUCAAUUCCGCGUUUUUGCGGCCAUGUCGAGCAAUUUCGAAGUCGCUCUAAGAUAUUGCGGUGUGUCGGUCUUGUUCUGCAUUGUCUUUGGCGGUUAUGUUCUCUCUGUCGACAAAAUGAUCCAGGAUGUUCCCUGGGUGGGAUGGAUUGCGUAUAUAACGCCAGCGCUGUACACCUACGAGUCCGUCAUGGCUGCCGAAUUCCACAAUGUCAACUUCACCUGCACGGCAUCGUCAAUUGUACCAGAAGGAGCCAACUACACCGACAUCGCAUACCAGACCUGCGCUUAUGCUGGAAGCAAAAUCGGCAGCACUGUCGUCAACGGAGAUGACUACUUGGCCAGCCAAUUCGGAUUCUACUACAGCCACGUGUGGCGCAACUUUGGCAUUCUUUGUCUCUUCACCGUCGUCUUUGUUGGACUUACUUGCUGGCUUAGUGAAGUCAUGGAGUGGGAGUUGGAUGGUGCUGGUCCAAUUCAGUACCGAGCCCCGAAAAAAUGGCUUAACCGGAAGAAAACCUCUGGCGUUGACGAAGAGACAGCCCCUGUUCCGGUCGACCCUAAAGCACCUCCUGCUGGAGCUCAGGGAGUCAAGUCCGACCAGGUUUUGGCUGCGACCGAAUCUACCUUCACCUGGUCAGACUUAGAACUCAACGUUCAGAUUGGCAAAGAGACUCGCAAGCUUCUCGAUGGUGUCAAUGGAUAUUGUAAGCCUGGAACUCUGACAGCUCUUGUCGGAGCUUCUGGUGCGGGAAAAUCUACUUUGUUGACUGCACUUACUCAAAGACAAAGCGCUGGCACACUAUCUGGCACGAUGUAUGUGGAUAACCAACCAAUUGGUGAUUCCUUCAACCGCCAGAUCGGGUAUUGCCAGCAGAUGGACAUUCACGACGAAAGUAGCACAAUCCGAGAGGCUUUCGAAUUUUCCGCACUGCUUCGGCAAGAUAAGAACAUCCCGAAAGAUGAGAAAUUGGCCUACGUGGAAACGGUUUUGCAGACCCUUGAUUUGGUGGAAUUGCAGAACGCGGUGAUCGGUUCCCUGGAUAUCGAAAAGAAGAAACGUGUCACAAUCGGAGUGGAGCUUUGUGCACGACCACGUUUGCUUUUGUUCCUUGAUGAGCCUACCAGUGGACUAGAUAGCCAAGGCGCAACCAGCAUAGUUGCUCUCCUUCGCCGGUUGUCGGACCAGGGGCUAGCUGUCCUCUGUACUAUUCACCAGGCGAACCAGCAACAAUUCGAAGAGUUUGACCGCGUGCUCGCACUAAGCCCAGGUGGAAACACAUAUUACUUCGGACCCGUUGGAGAAUCUGGCCAAGCAAUUUUCGAAUAUUUCACCAAACAUGGACACAACCCUGAAAAGGUCACCAAUGCUGCUGAUUUCCUUAUCGAGGUUGUGGUGGGUGGUAUGAAGUCUUCAGGAAACCAUCUCAACUGGGCGUCCAUUUGGCGCCAAUCCGAAGACGCAAAUACUGUCAAGAAGGAAAUAUCCGAUAUUCGUUCCCACGAAAAUGUCCACCAAAAGACCACGGCCCCAUCCCUUCCUUCAACUUAUCAACAAAUCAUCCUCCUCACUCAACGAACAAGCCGACAAUUCUAUAGAACAGCAGAGUAUCCGUACUCGCGUUUGUAUGCCUCGUUCCUCCACGCACUCAUCAACGGCCUCACAUACCUCCAAAUCGGAGACAGCACGACUGAUCUCCAGUCCAAGGCCUUUUCCGCCUUUUUGGUUCUCAUGCUUGUUCCCGAAUUCAUCAACGCCAUCUCCAUGCGCUUCAUUCUCAAUCGUGACAUCUGGUUGGCGAGAGAGGGUCCAAGUGGAGUCUACAACUGGAUCGCGUUCAGCACCGCGCAGAUUAUUUCUGAGAUCCCGUAUGCCAUUGUGGGUGGAACAAUCUUUUAUGUUCUGUAUUACUUCAUGGUUGGACUGCCUCUUGGUUUUGCUGCUGGGUACAGUUUCCUGAUGUUUUUCCUGUUUUUCCUAUUCGCUACAUCUUGGGGACAGUGGAUCGCCGCUCUGAGCUCCGACUCCAUGGUCGCCGCAACUCUCAUGCCAUUCUUUAUAAUUAUGUGCGAAUUGUUCAACGGCAUUCUACGCCACCAUGAGCAGAUGCCCGCUUUUUGGAAGUACACGAUGUACUACAUAACCCCCUUCACCUACUGGAUUGGCGGUGUUCUCACAGCCGUCCUCCGCGGAACCGAUGUCACCUGUUCGCAAAGUGAAUUGACUCUCUUCGAGAGUCCGCCCAACAUGACCUGCGGCGAAUACGCCGGUCCCUGGCUUGCGAGCAAAGGAGUUGGAUAUCUCUCAAAUACGGACAGUACUGGUACCUGCGGUUACUGCCAAUAUAGCCGUGGAGACGAUUACCUUGCUAGCAUCGGCCUGGACGAAUCGAAGAUGUGGCCCUACUUUGGAAUCUUCCUUGCUUUCACCAUCACAAACUACCUCAUGGUUUACUCUCUUGUUUAUGUUCGUUCUGUUAUGAAGCCUUUCUGGAGGAAGUCAUGA